AUGAAGAUGGCCACCAAGCGGAUUACCCAGGAGACGUUUGAUGCAGCUGUUCGUGAGAACAUCGAGGAGUUUGAGAUGGGGCCAGAGGAAGCAGUGACAGAGGCUGUGGAGCAGUUUGAAUCACAAGGGGUCGAACUGAGCAACAUUAUAAAGAUGGCGCCCAAAAUCUCUGCAGAUGGACUACAGGAGCCUAUACACGACAUCCUGCAGAUCCUAGAAGACCUUCGGGAGUCUGUGACCUGCUAUUACCCCCAGAAGGUGUCAGUACAACUUACCCGCUUUUGUGAACAAUGCAAGCAGCACAAGGGCUGCCGCUUUCUGGCAGCUCAGAAGGGUGCCUACCCCAUUCUACUUGCUGUCUGGAAGUUGGCUGCAGAAGGUGACCAGGGACUUCUGCUCCAGGCUCUCAACGCCCUAUCAGCACUGAUCAAUGGCCAGCCCGACCUCUUGGACACCCAGGGCCUAAAGCUGCUGGUGGCCACGCUGGACCAGAAUGCCGAUGUGGUUGACCUGACUUGCUCUGGGAUCCGCUGCAUACGCCAUGCUUGCCUGAAACAUGAGCAGAAUCGACAGAGUCUGGUGAAGGCUGGUGUGCUGCCCCUAUUAACUGGUGCUAUUGUCAGGCACAGCCGCUGUGCCGACGUGGUCAGGGAGGCCUCUUGGGCCCUCCGCAUCAUGACUUUUGAUGAUGACAUACGUGUGCCCUUCGGCAGCGCCCAUGAUCACGCUAAGAUGAUCGUGCAGGAGAACGGAGGCUUGAAGGUGCUCAUUGAGGCUGCCAAAGCAUUCCAUGACAACCCCAGCGUCCUGAGUGAGCUCUGCAGCACUUUGUCCCAUCUGACUGUUCGCAACGAGUUCUGUCAAGAGGUCGUAGACCUCGGGGGCCUUGGCAUCCUGGUGGCCCUAUUGGCCAACUGCAACAGCCAUCAGGACCUUGUGAAGCAAGUGCUGAGUGCCCUGAGGGCCAUCGCAGGCAAUGAUGAUGUGAAGGAUGCCAUUGUCCGUGCAGGUGGAACAGAGUCCAUUGUGGCUGCCAUGACCCGGCACCUGGCCAGCCCUCAGGUAUGUGAGCAGAGCUGUGCAGCCCUGUGUGUCCUGGCCCUGCGCAAGCCAGAGAACAGCCGGAUUAUUGUGGAGGGCGGUGGUGCUUUGGCUGCACUGGAGGCGAUGAAGGCACACCCGAAGGAGGUCGGUGUGCAGAAACAGGCCUGCAUGUUGAUCCGAAACCUAGUGGCCCGCAGUCAGGCCUUCUCUCAGCUCAUCCUGGACCUGGGAGCCGAAGCACUCAUUGUGCAGGCCCGUGUUGCUCACCAAGAUUGCGAGGACGUGGCCAAGGCAGCCCUGCGGGACCUGGGGUGCCAUGUAGAGCUCCGAGAGCUGUGGACCGGCCAGAAGGGCAACCUGGCACCAUGA